AUUGUUAAACGUGACAUUGACAGAACAACAAAAAUAAUCAACAUUCAAUUUUUCUAAUUCAAGUGUAAAACACUAUAUUUUAUUUAAAUAUUAUUAAAAAUAAUGGCCGACAAAAAGAAAGCCUUAUUUAUAUGUCUCGGCAAUAUUUGCCGUUCGCCGAUAGCAGAGGGUGUUUUCCAGAAGACUGUAAACGAUUUAGGCUUGGGAGAGCAAUGGGAGAUAGACAGUGCGGCUAUAGGCGGUUGGCACGUCGGCAAUCCGCCAGACUGGAGGGCAUUGGAUACUAUGAAGAAUCAUGGAGUACCUUAUAACAACUGCGCGAGACAGAUAAUAUCAGAAGAUUUUCAGCAAUAUGACUUUAUAUUUGGAAUGGAUGAGGCCAAUAUGAGGGACCUCAAGAAGAAGGCACCCAAAGAGAGUAAAGCCAAGCUGCUACUGUUUGGAGAUUUUGAUCCCCAAGGGGAUAGGAUUAUCCGAGAUCCAUAUUAUGACAGUGAUGCAAAAGGCUUUGAGAAGUGCUAUCAACAAUCUGUUAGGUGUUCUAAAGGAUUCCUUGAACAGUUGGAGAAAGGACAAGUCAAAUAGUCCCAUAUGCAUUAACAUCACAUGCAUUCCAAAUUGAGCUUCAGCUGUUAUUAGCUCAAAUGUUGUGAAAUACAUAUUAAUUUAUUAAAGACAA